UUUGUUUGCUCUGUCACAGAGGCCUACUCUCUACCUUUCGUUUGAUAGUCAGAGACUCACAUCAGAUUGUUGGAUCAAGAACAACGAUCUUCGACCAACUUCCAAAUGAUGAUGGUAACUUGAAGGGGAAGUAAUUGAAAAGUUUUCAUGGAUUCUGAAUUUUUUUUUUUCAAUGUACACUAUUUAGGUGUAAAAUAAAGGCUAAGUUUUCAAAUUUGUGUAUUAAACUUUUUCAUUAUAUCAGAAUUUUUGGUAUUGAAAAUUGUUAAUUUUCAUUCUAUAAACCGCUGCUGAAAAAGAAAAAAAAAAAAGGAAAAAAGUUAAAUUUAAAACCUCACAGGAACACAAAUAAGGCUAUCUCGUCAAUGUCAUUCCUGGAAAAGAAUAUGAGGAAGAAGAUGAAGCUGUCGCCGACGUUGCAAUCGACCUCAAAUCCGUCACUUCCCGAUGAUGUGCUAUUCAGCAUCUUUGCACGCGUCUCAAGAUUGUACUAUCCGAUUCUAUGUCUCGUCUCCAAGAGCUUUAGAACUCUCCUAUCUUCACCGGAGCUAUACAAGGUUCGGUCACUCUUAGGCAACACCGAGAUUUGUCUUUAUGUGUGUUCACGGUUCCAAGAUCCUCAUCAUCAUACGAACACUAGCUGGUUCACCCUCUGUCGGAAACCUGAUCAAACCCUAACCAAUGGCACCACUAAGAAGUCAAGUGGGUAUGUUUUGGCUAGAGUCCCAAAUUUACAUUCUCCUCCUUUGCACUCUUCGAGUCUUGUGGCGGUUGGUUCUAAUAUUUAUAACAUUGCAGGAUCCUGCUACCUAGAGUCUUCCUCAAGCGUCUCGGUUCUGGAUUGUCGGUCUCACACGUGGCGCGAGGCUCCAAGCUUGCGGGAGGGGCUAUGUUCGGUUUCUGCUAGUGUCAUUGAUCGAAAGAUAUACGUAGCAGGACGUUCCAUAGAUGGUGAUAAUAACUCGAAGAAUUCGGUCGAGGUGUUCGACACUGAAACCCAAAUUUGGGAUCCGGAGGCCAUUACUUGCAGCGAGACACAAGGCGAUUUUUACGAAUGCAAAACCACAUGUAUUGACAGAAAGUUUCAUGUGGUGACUCUCGGUCAAAAAGAGGCGGUUGUUUACAAUUCCAAGAAAGGUAGAUGGGACAGGGUUAGACGAAAAAUAGAUCAGUAUAAGUUUUCAGCUUAUUGCGAGAUAGAGAAUGUUUUGUACUCUGGUACUCAUGGAGUGUUCAGAUGGUAUGACACUAAGGCAAGUAGGUGGAGAGAUUUGAAAGGUUUGGCAGGACUACCUGAGUUCGGUUCUGGUGCGAAUAUUAAAUUGGCUGGUUAUGGUGGAAAGAUAGCGGUUUUGUGGGAGGAGGAUUUGCCUUCUUGUGGACCUGAUAGCGGCUAUAAGAAGAUGAUCCGGUGUGCAGAGAUAGCUCUUGAAAGGCGCAAAUGUCAUGAAAUUUGGGGGAUUAUUGAGUGGUUUGGUGAUGUGCUUACCGUCCCUGUAGGAUAUGUUGUUUUGGAGAAGGUUCUUGCUGUUACUCUUUGAUGAAUGCGUCACAAGCCUUGAAUGUGUUUUCUUUUGGUAGUAUCAUUUUUAUUUGGAAUGCUUAUGUUCUUUUGGUGUGUAUGCAACUAUUGAUGAAUAAGUCUGUCUAUUGUUUCACUUCUAAUCAUUUGAUGUCACUCAAAAUGUCUUUGAAGCAAAUAAAAGAAAAUUUCUAUUUGAAAGAAAUACGAACACUAACAUACUGAGAGCAAGAUCACAAAUUAACACUAUACAAAUCUUUUCGAUGGUCCCUGGUAAGAUAAGAAUGCUAUACAAAUCUGUGUGGGAAACAAAA